ACUUAGAAAAUUUCGCAGUAAUCAAUAGUUACCGCCGAAAGUAUAACAAGAUGUUGCAGCUUCUUUCUGUCGUUGGUGCCAUUUUGUUGGUGAAUUCAGUCCUGGCUGUACCCUUCAUUCCUGAAGAUUAUCCUACGGAAGCGAUAGAAAACAUUGAAACUACCACCGUCUCCAACAACACAUCAGAACCAACUCAAAAUUUAUACGUUAUCAAGUCUGUUGUUUAUGAAAUUGGGAUACUGACAGAUGCUGGAAAUGACACUAUUGCCGGAAACGAAACGCACGAAGAAAUAGAUGUGUCCUUCUUCGAUCCAGAUUCCAACGGAACUUUGAUAGACUUGUCAAGUAUCCCCAUACCUAUUCAAACGAAUAUCAGUGGGGUGUCAAUAACGGGUAUAAUACCUGCCAAUUUUGGAAGCAUCAAUUUGUUGGAAGACGGUACUCCUACUCUGAAUGGAUCCCAUUUUCCACUGUUACCAAAUAAACAAGUGAAGGUUAGCCACAAUAUAAGUACUGCGGACAGAGAAUCUAGCUCAUCCAUACUCUCAGGACUGUCAGAUAUACUGGGACUCAAAGAUCUAGCUAAUAUCGGCCAAACAAACAAAACUAACCACAGUGAGGAAAAAAAAGAGUCAAGCUGAAGCGUGCAAGAACUACAUGAUUAUUUGAAGUAUUAUUUUUUUUUUACUUGAAAUUUUGUAUAAUUUUUGGGAAAGAAACGUUUUGGCUUUCUA